GCCAUGGCUUCUGCCAGCCUCGACCAGCUGGUCAAAGGCUCGCCUACGACACAAUCGUCCGAGUCGUCGACCACUACAGCCCCAUUCAAUGGUUCUCCGACUUCCGAUCCCUCUUCCCCGCCACGCCCAGCCACGCCCGACGCAUACUCGAACCUGCCUUCGUCUCCACCCCAAAUAUACCUUAAUCUCCUCAUUCUCGAAAGCUCCCUGCGAGCUCAAUAUCUAGCCUUGCGCGAGCGUCGAAGACAGAACACCUUUUUCCUGCUAUUGCUGGCCAUCUGGAUCAUCUAUUUCGCUUACGCGCUCUUCCUCCGUCCCCGCGAAGAUGGCCGCGGGGUGGGCGGAUCGGUCUAUUGGGUGGUAGAGAUGGGCGAGAAAGUCGCUCUACUCGGAGGCGUGGUCACAGCACUGCUGGUCUGGGGCACGGGACAAUGGGAGCGUGGAGUGCGGUGGCCGCGGCGCUGGCUCGCCGUGGCCAACCGUGGCCUCCGCACCAUGAAUACCAAGAUCGUCGUCAUACGAGGCCCUUGGUGGCAAGAGCUGCUCUCCUAUAUCUCCUUCCUCUUUCCAUUCACGGAUCCCUUCUCCCCCUCACCCGUCGGGGAUUUCCACUACAUCGAGCGUCCCGUGUCCGAUAAACGCGGUAGUCGGCAGCACUACCAGCAAUAUUAUGGCCACGACACAGAAUCAGGUCUUGUACAGGAAGAUCUAAGUCCGGGAGGGGACUACAUUCGACUGCUUCUUCUCCCGAAAUCAUUUUCCCCGGAGUUCCGCGAGAAUUGGGACGAUUACCGCACUGAGUUCUGGGAGAAAGAGAACGAGCGUCGCGCGCAGUUGCGCCAAAAGCUGCUCCAGAAGGAGCGCCAGCUUGCUCAGCAGGACCGCAGCUGGUUCUGGUGGAUUGGAUCCGGGUGGAAGGCCUCGCAGCGUCGCCGACUGGCCGCCGCGACCCUCGGCCGAUCCGGAGAAACCGGGCCCCAACACCACCGCCACCAUCACCACUCCAGCAUCUCCUCCAAACACAGUCUCGAGCCCAGAUCACCCGCGCGGAAGGGUACCCGCUCCGAAUCGCACUCGCGGACCCCCUCCCGGAGCACCACCCCCGUGGACACGGACGAGCGGCCGCCAUCACGAUCGUCGAUCAGCGGCCGCCCUCGCAGGGGCAGCACCAGCCCAAUCGCGAACCUGGAUCAUGCGCAUCACCUACAGCAGCAGCAACAGCAGCGCAAGAAGAAAGGCACCAAGUCCAUGUCACGCGGUCUCUCGCCAUUGACACAGGGUCAGAUCCGAGAGGGUGUGCUGCGCACCCCGUCCUUCUCAUCCGAUGAUUCC